AUGACCAAAACGGAUAUACCAUAUAAGCGUAUAGUCCAAAUAGCUCGUGUAUAUUUCAGAACUGAACUGGGAUGUAAAGCUGAUGUUAUACUCGAAUUAUCUGAUUCAGUCAGUGUAAUAAAAGAUGAAUUUGUUAAAUUCCCAAUAUUUUCAGUUAUUACAAUUUUUGUCAGUGAUGAUUUGAUUAAACUACGUGUACACAUAAUUAAUGAAUGUACUUUCCUAAGAAAAACUAAAGAUAUUAACAACUGUGAAAAUGAUACUGUUGAACAUAACGAUUGUAAGCACUUCACCAUAUACCAGUUCGUAACAGUUGAUGAUUUAACAAUGACUGAAGCAUUCAAGGAACAAUGUUUAUUCCGAACAUCUAUUAUACGAAUUGAUUCAACUGAAUGA